CCAGCCACGCCCACAAGCCUUCCGCAAUCUCCGGGGUCCUACGUAAUCGUAGUCUCUCUAGCUGUUCGAUCUCCCUAUCUCCAUCCCAUGCUACUACAUACCCUGUGACACUCCUAUCCCCAGAAAUGAUGAUGUAUCCAGAGUCUUCGGAAGCAGUGCUUCGGAAGCAGUGGUCAGAGAGAGGUAAAACACCCUACUUUUGAAAUGGAAAAUGUUGUCUGGGUAUGAGGCAGCCCUGCCCAUCAUAGAGAAGUCAAACCCACUGACCCGGGAUCUGGACAAAGCAGAUGCCAAGCAGAUUGUUCGAUUGCUGGGGCAACGUGAUGCUGAGAUCUUCCAGGAGGAGGGACAAAUCAGGCCCACAUGCCAGGUGACUCAGCCUGAGUCACCUCUGACCACCAUGGUAUAAGCGGCUGGAAAAGUCCAGGAAGUGCCGAAGGAGCCUGAGGGGGGCGCUGGUGGGGCUGAGUGGAGGGAUACCUCUGGCAGGAUGGCAUUCCUCAUGUCGGUCUCCUUUAACCAGCUGAUGAAAGGUCUAGGACAGAAACCUCUUUACACCUACCUCGUUGCAGGAGGUGACAGGUCUGUGAUGGCCUCUAGGGAGGGGAUGGAAGAUAGUGCCCUGGAUGGGAUCGAGGAACUGAAGAAGUCUGUGGCUGCUGGGAAGAAGAGGGUGAUUGUCAUCGGCAUUUCAGCGGGACUCUCUGCUCCCUCUGUGGCAGCCCAGAUGGACUACUGCAUGGAUAACCCAGCGGUCUUUUUGCCAGUCCUGAUUGGUUUCCACCCAGUGAGCAUGGCCAGAAAUGACCCCAUUGAAGACUGGAGUUCGACAUUUCGACAAAUAGCAGAGCAGAUGCAGAAACUGCCGGAGAAACGGAAAGCUUUUGUGCUCAAUCCUGCAAAUGGGCCUGAGGGCCUCAGUGGCUCCUCCCAGAUGAAGGGUGGAAGUGCCACCAAGAUCCUGCUGGAAACCCUGUUACUGGCAGCUCACAAGACUGCGGACCAGAGCAUCGCAGCAUCUCCGAGAUGCCUUCUGGAAAUCCUGCGGACAUUUGAGUGGGCUCAUCAGGUGACCUAGAGUCAAAGCCCCAAGAUCACCACCCUGAUGAAGCAAGUCAGCACCAGCCUGGAGAAAAAAGGCUGAGUAUACCUGGUUGGCUGGCAGACCCUGGGCAUCAUUGCCAUCAUGGAUGGAGUAGAGUGCAUCCACACCUUUGGUGCUGAUUUCCAAGAUGUCCAUGGCUUUCUCAUUGGUGAUCACAGUGACAUGUUUAACCAGAAGGCUGAGCUCAACCAGGGUCCCCAUUUCUCCUUCUCCCAUGAAGACUUCUUGACUUCCAUCCUGCCAUCCCUUGCAGAAACUGACACCGUGGUCUUCAUUUUGACCCUGGAUGACAACCAGGAGGUGCAGAUGCUGGUGGAGCAGGUGAAAGAGAAGACCUCCAACAUCCAGGCCUUGGCACACAGGGACCCGGGGCAGAAGUUACAGCCAGGGCUUCCUGUAACUUCCAUCGCGGUUCCUGCUCCUCUCUCUCUCCAGACCCCUCUGAAGAAGCUCUUUCCCUCCAUCAUCAGCAUCACAUGGCCACUGCUUUUCUUCGAAUAUGAUGGGAACUUCAUCCAGAAGUUCCAGCAUGAGCUAAGCACCAAGUGGGUGCUGAAUACGGUGAGUACAGGAGCCCACGUGCUUCUUGGGAAGAUCCUCCAAAACCACAUGCUGGACCUCCACAUUUGCAACUCCAGGUUCUUCUGGCGGGCUCUGGCCGUGCUGCAGAGGUUCUAGGGACAGCCCAAGUCUCGAUGCAUCGAGAGCCUCCUCCAGGCGAUCCACGUCCCUCAACCACUGUCGGAUGAUAUUCGAGCAGCUCCCAUCUCCUUCCACGUCCAGGUUGCACAAGAGAAGGAACAGGUGAUCCCCAUAGCCUUGCUGAGCCUCCUGUUCCGGUGCUCCAUCCCUGAGGCCCAGGCAUACCUGGCUGCAGCUCCCUCUGUCCGUGAGGCUGUCAGGAGCGCCCUCACCCGGCCAGGUCGGAAGCGCAACGCCGACCUCUUGGAGACCCUAGAUCCUGCUGUGCCGUGAACUGGUGUUUCUGGGUGCGUGGAGGGGGCCAGCCCACCCCACGGGGACUUGUUGGGCCAGCAGCACGUGAAGUGGGAGGAGAGGGCCAGUCUCCAGGAGCACCAGCCGCCCAGGCUGGGGAGACAGCGUCUCUCUCCUUUGGGGAGAUCUUGCUGUUCACCCAGUGGUAUCCACUUUCCCUGGCAUAUUCUGAUUUCAGAAAUAAAACUGAAUGUCUUGUUUCAAAAA